UUAUUGCAUAAAUAUAGUGUUCGUGCAUCAGAUGGUCCAAUGAAAUUAUUAAAGGUUAUUAAAAAUCCAGUCACUGAUCAUUUACCUGUAGGAUGUAAAAAAAUUGGAUUGUCAUUCAGUGCAAAAUACGUACAAAACGCACGAGAAUUGGUUCCUUCAGAUGAACCAAUUGCCGUUGUUAUAGGUGCAAUGGCACAUGGACAGGUAAAACCUGACUACACAGAAGAUACCAUAUCUAUAAGUAAUUAUCCAUUGUCUGGUGCAUUGACAUGUAGUAAAUUGUGUACUGUAUUUGAAGAAGUUUGG